AUGUGCUGGGAAACCGAUCCAGAUGCUGCCUAUGUCACCCAGAAAACUUUCCGACAUGUCAAACACAUGGGGGAUGUUCACGACUUUGACCCGGCUCAGGUUGCGGUGCAGUUGCGACGAGGCCAUUUCACUGCCAUUCUUGUGGCGGGCGGCUCCCCUUGUCAGGAUGUCAGCCCACUGCACUCUGGUAGACCGGGGCUUGCUUCUGCUCGUUCGCAGUUGUUCCGUGCCGUGCCUGACAUUGCUGAUCAGUGUAGACAGGUGGUGAAGGAUUUGCGUUUAUCCAUUCCGGUUUUCGCCAUGCUCGAAAACGUGGCGGGAUGCCCUCCAGAGUUUCUUCAAGCCGCUUCAGCAGCCCUGAAUGGCCCGCCUGUUCAGGUGUCUGCGGCUUCGUUUGGGUGGACUCGACGCAAAAGACUUUUCUGGUGUUCCAAUGGCCACCGCAGUGCUCAGGAUGUGCCGCAGCCCAAGCUGCCUCCGAAUGUGACUUCUCAGGCAUGUGCCGGUGGCUGGCGCCUCGGAUGGCAGGGUAAACGGCCGUGGCCGCCUAGCGUUUCCUUCGCAGAUGACUUCAAGCCUCGCUUUGAUCCAGUUGCGAAUGCUAAAGAUUCUGCUGACGGCCCGUGUUUUCCUGUGUUCAGCCGUGCCUUUAAGCACCCACCAGACCAUGGACCCCGGCAGGACCCCGUCGUCAUGCAGCGCUUCCGUGAACAUGGGCAGUGGUUCCCCUUGUUCAACUAUGAGGAGAAUGCUCUGCUCUGGAAGAAAGAUCAAUGGAGGGUGCCGAAUUCAUCAGAAAGGGCUCAGAUCAUGGGCAUUCCGCCUGCUGCACUCAAGUGGGCCCCACGGACGCCCCGGUCGGAGACUCAGGCUGAGCAAGUGCGAUGUUCUCUGAUCGGCAACAGCUUCCAUGUCCCGUCCUGCAUGCUUGCGCUUAUCAUGCUGUUUCAGCUCUGCCCGCAAGCCAGUGCCAUUCCGCCCGAUUCUGUGUGGCAGCCGGGUCUGGUUGAUAAUUUUCCGGGUGUUUUAGGCUUGAACGUUGCUCUUGCCAAGUUACAGGUCUACUGGGUGGACACACAAAUGCGAGGCCUGCCGGCUGCUCCGCAAGGCCUCGGUAAGAGUACCCACAUGCAGUUUGCGACGUGUUUGCCCAACCCCUUUGACACUGCAGCGUUCAUGCGCCCUUGGGACGAGGCCAUCUGCAAGGCCAUGCAUCCGGAUGUAGCGGCCGUGGCCAAGGCCAACAAGUUGCGGGCCAUUGAUGAUGGCCGCUUUAGUGGGCACAACAAGUCUUGUUUUUCUGAGGAGACCAUCUACACUAUCAGCCCGGAUUUUGUAGCUGCUGCUUGCAAGUUUUGCAUUGGUCUUCUGCAAGAUCUGGAAGGAGAUUUGCCCAUGUGGGCCGAACCGCAUUUCGGCACAGAGGAUAUGAAAGCGGCAUACCGUCAGUUACCCAACGAUCCUGACGAACAAGCAGGCCUCUUCAUUGCUUUCUACGAUCCAGAUGAUCAGCAGGUCAAGUAUGUGCACCUUCGUGCACAUCCAUUUGGAUUGUCGGUUAUGCUGGACCAAGAUCAAUGUACCGCUGCGGAG